GUUUUCCAACAUCUGGUGCUGUGUGCUCUCUGAGUAAACUGGGGAGUCUUUAGGACCAGGAAGUUUGUGCUGCAAAGGGCAGCUCCUCCUCUCCUCCUCCUCCUCCUCCUCCCACUGAAGGCUGUUUACGAAGAAAGCUGAGCUCCUCUUGACAAAAACAAGAGCUGGGACUCCGGCAGGCAGGAGCAGUGUGUCUGAUGCUCAUUCAGCACAGGCUCUCCGUCCAUUUUGUUCACCCUUUUCUCGGUUUUAUUGCGAAGGUAAAGUCAUAAUCAGGCAGCAUGUUGUCGGUGAAUUCAGCCCGUCAGCUCUGCAAAAUCUUCUUCUCUCUGCACGUUGUGUUCCUGAGCGUGGUGGUCGUGGAGACCAGUGCAUCAAAUGGAAGUCAAAGAGGUAAAAAUCAGAUUGUUAUUUGACUGGUUUUGCAUUUAUUAUUCAGCUGUAAAGGCUGUGCACAGAUGUGAUCGGAUUUAAUAGAAAAAAUCAUCAUGAUUCCUCUGUUUUGUGUGUUUGCACAGUCACUGAUGUUGUUGUGUUGAUCCAUUUUCCAGGUUGUAUGACAUCCAAUGGUGUGGACUAUAGGGGGGAACAACAGAGCUCCUCCUCAGGUCUGACCUGUCUAAACUGGGCAAACUCCUCCAGAGACUAUGAUGUGAACAUUAAUCCUGAUUCACAGACAGGUAAACAGUUUCAACACACUUCACAUGCAGAGUUAAUAUCCAGGAUGAGAUUGUGAAAUGUCUGCUUCACAGAGACAAAGUUAUAAUGCCACAAACAGGCAGGAUAACAAACACAGGGAUGAUAUUUACAGCUCUCAUUGUUGCUCCUGUGUCUCUGAUUUAUCUGUUUAUGCUCAUAAAUGUCUCCUCCUCUGCCAUUUCCUUUCUUUGUGUUCAUGGUGGCCUGUUCAUUGUGGUGUGAUGAAGCUGUGUUAAUGAUUAAUGAAUCCUGUGGUUUAUCCAGACAGCAGGACUGGCACACAUACAGAGCCUUGUCUCUGUUCGCACGAGGCCUCGACAACAGAUGUGGACUUUUAUUUAUUUGUCUAUUUUUUUUCCCUCUAGGUGUGGGAGAUCACAACUACUGCCGAAACCCAGACUCCUCUGAGAGGCCUUGGUGCUACAUUACUGGCCCAGAUGAGACAAUCCAGCGACAAUUCUGCGCAAUUGAGCUAUGCAAAGGUAAUUUUACACAGGACAUUAAAAAAAGGUGCAAAAAAUCUGAACCAGAGCUCACUGAAGAGCCCUCUUGGUGCUACAGGCAGAGACUUUCCACUCUUUAUUUAGUAGCUCUCACAGUUUUUCACUUUCAGCAACAUCUGGAGGAAAAUAUGAGCUCUGAUGUUUGUUUAAAGAGUUUUAAGGUCCUUCUCUGUGGAUCUUUACCUCAACUAAUCUUUGUUUAGGUGGUUUUUGAGAUUUAGAUCAGUGACAUUAAGUUUGCUCAUGUUCUCCUGUGUAAGAGUAUUAGUCUGCAGGUCAGUUGGUCAGGUUUAAGCCACCGUGAGAAGUCUUUUCUACUUUGCUCUUUGUUUCUCUUUUGACUCUCCAGCCCAAGUCAGAGAAAAACAAAGCCUUCCAGUCACAUGGUAGAAAGUUCAGUUUGAAGAAAAGCGUUAACCACACCCCGCAGCAGAGCUCAUUGGUAGAGCGAAACACUCUUCCCUCAGAGACAGCUUUUAAUUGGCCGUCUCAGUUUAUGGCUUCAUGGGCUUUAACUCCAGCAGAGUUCGUAAACAACAACCUGUAUGGUGGGAAUGGAAAAAAAAAAGAUUUACAGAGCAGAUGUUGACUUCUGCCUCUGAACAUUCCUCCCUGUCUAAACAUAGUCCGGCCUGAAGAUGCUGUUUAUGUUUGAUACUGUUUAAAAAGUCCCUCACUUUGAUAUCUUUGAGUGGAUUUAUGUUCUGGGCUUCAUGAGAGCAGAUUUAGGGGUUCUGCUCAGCUGUUUAAGAGGAGAUAUGAAACUAGAUCUUCAGUGUCCAAGAAGAUCAUUACAACAAGUGUUGCCAGGAAAAGGAUCAGUUCAGCAAGAGGUUUUUCUGAUGUGAGUUGAAAAAGUUAUGGAAGUUAAAACAAUCAUUUUGAUAAAAUAUAUUGAUUUUUAUAUAGGUCCCCAAAUAGGAAAGUAUCAUGUAAAAUGUUUGUGGCUAAUUAAAGCUCCUGUAAGGGACUUUAUGGUCGCCAAAUUGAUCAUUUAUUGUAAAUAUUCUAUGUGGAAAUUGUAAAAAGGGGCUGACACCUACCUUUUUACUCAGGUUGGUUUCAGACAUUAAAAAUUAGGAUAUAAAAAUUUUCCAUUUUGUUUCUGAUCGUCUUGUUUGCUCAUGAAAAGGCGUCAAUAUGAGUCUCAGUCUAUUAAACACUCCUCACUGGAGCUUGAAACAAAUUCAUCAACUGACAAAGACCGGCUCUUCGAAUGUCUGACAGAAAUAAAGCAGCUUUGCAGCUUCUUGUUGCUGCACCGUCUAACCCUCUACAGUCUGAGGUAGAAACGACACUUUCUUAGCGGUGCUUUUUCAUCUCUGGUGGUUAAUCCUGGUGUUUUUCUUGUGCCUGUAGAGCAAGCCUCUGCUGCACCAAAUGAGGUCAAAGCCCUGAACCAAACAGGAACCACUCCCUCGAUACCUGCCAAGACAAGAGCGUCUCGGGGGGAAGUUGCUGCAGUGCAGCCGGUGAUGGGAAUCAGCCAGAGAGUGCGCGCGGCACCAAAGAAGAAAAAAGACCUGGGCACCGUCGGUAUGUUGUUGUAGUUUUAACUCUGAAACUGUAAUGUGGAUUUUUUAGAUUUGUUUAUCUCCUGAUUUACCAUCUGUCUUUGUGUCCCACUUUUGCUUCCCAGGCUAUGUAAUUGGUGUCCUCAUGAUGGCCAUAAUCAUCAUCCUGGGAGUAGGAAUCACAUUUGGCUACUUCUAUAAGAGGUCAGUAUCUGAACCGCGGCCAGGUCAGGGAUUAUUAGGUAAAAACUGGCAGAAAUGAAGAGAAAGAAAACAAAGAAGAGUUUUUUUUCUGUUUUCCCUUCUCUAAAAAAAAUAGUUAAUCAGUCGUCAGGUGUUAUAAUAACAUUGUGAACAUUUGUCGACUGUUAUUGGGACACGAGGAUUGAUACUUGAGAGCUGUUCUGCUCCUGGCACACAAUGUUGUUUUUAAGAUACACAGGACAAGUGCCAGUAAGGUUAACUUCACACACAUGACGCCUGUCACCUGAUUUCAGUACAUCAGCUGCUGUUCACACCGCCUGGCCUCACUCUCUGAUGAUGCCACACGAACGCAAUGCGACCACUCUGAAACCUUUAUCAGGACAGCCUUGAAAGAAGUCGGGGAGGACCGUGGCGGGACGUGAAACGCCUGCGGUCUAUUUUGAGCGUCUUUAUUUGAUAUUCUUGAAAGUGAAGGGAGGGAGGAGGGGGUUCGGUUUUGCUUUUAGAGACUCUCACAUUGCCGCAGUUACGCGAUAUCCAAAAUAAGGAAAAGGAGCGACUUUGACUCCAUUCAGCACAUCACAUCCUCAAGGAUCUGUGUGGGGAUUUCAGAUCUGAUUAGCAGUGCGCGGUUUUUGUUGUCUAUUUUUAGCCGCAUAUUAUGUCGGGGUUAAUACUCUCCUUAGCUUACACUGUGAUGCGAUAUUAAAGCGGUAAACACAUUUAUCACUCCGGUACGAUCCAGUCACCUCUUUAACCUGCCAAAAGCUGCUGUAAAGCACUAUUUGACAAUAUUUAAAUGAAGCUCACUCCAGUUACAGUCAGGAUGUUCAGCCAAAGUGGUAGUACUGCAUACAGAGGAUCGGAUCACCUCCUUACAGAACAGACCCCAUACCAACCAACCAGUGGGAGUACUGCUGAGGACACUGUUACCACGCUGAUACAGACUUCAGCGAAGGGCUUGGUGGGAAUGCCCCAAUAAACACGCCGUUACAUAACGUUGAAAAUAAACCUCAUAUAUCAGAGUGAUGUAUCUUACACUGGAAGCUGGAGCCAACAACAGUGAGGCUAGUUUAACACAAAUACUGGAAACAGGAGGAAACAGCUAGACUGGGGUCAGAGUAAAAUGCCAAAGUUGUCUCUGAAAAAAGAUAUUAUUUAAUCCUGAGCUAGAUAUGCUACCUGCUGGUUCUUCAUGCAUAAAAACAAGAGUAUUAUCAACAUGUAGACUCCAAAAUAAAGCAUCUUGAAACGUAAAAAAAAGCACAAUUGUAACCCAGGAUAAAUACUCAAAGCGACAGAUUGUAGAGCAGCGUUGCACAAUAUGCUGCACUGAAGCAGGAGGUGAGUGAGUGUUUUGACUCCAAAUAUAUUCCCUCGUUUUGGCUCCUGAUCAGUGGAAAGCAACCUCGUGCCGUGUUGUCCCAUCUCUCCGUGUUGCCCCGGAGUAGAUAAACUCUUGGCUAGUUCUGCGCUCCGUUUCACCAUCUGUCACUUGUGUACGCUGUAGUCCAGGCACUUAUUUUAGUAGGCUCUGUUUUGUUAUCUGAGGCUCUUUAUCUUGUUCUGUGAGAUAGAGUAGCUUCCAGAAAUAGGGCUGCAAAGGGAGUUAGCUACAAGGCUACUGGAGGCAUGACUCUUACUGCUGUUUUUUCUUUACAACAGUGAUUGUUAAAUAACAUUUUGCACAACACAAAUGUGAGAGGCUGCAAACAUCAUUAUCCACACAAGAGUUUAGUCUUACGUGAACUUUAAUUUUGUUAGUGUGAUUUCUGCAUGAACUUGUUCUGUGGUUCUCAACUGGUCUCACUCUGGGACCCACAUGUUCCCAAGGUCCUUAAGUCAUGACCCACUUUUAUAGAAUUCAAACCAAGUAAUUUUUUUUGUUCUAUAUAAAAAAAAACUUUAAAGUAGGCCUGGGCGAUUUGGCAAAAAAAAAAAAUGAUCAUGAUAUAUUUUGUCAUAUCGUCCGAUCUUGAUUAAUAUCAUGAUUUUUUUCUGAACUGCCAGUUCGAAAGUAUCUGUGCUAAAAACUAAAGAAACUCAAGAUUAGUUCGACAUUUUAUUAACAUACACAAUAAAUAACAAAGUAAAAUAAAUAGGAUAAACUUAGAAAAAUAUAUAAUAAUAUACAUUUUAACUCAACAAUACAACAAAUGUAGAUAAUACUAAAUAAUACGGCUAAACUGCUAAUGCUACUUGUGCCGUCAGCAGUGACAGGCUCGGGAUCACUCAGGAAGUAUUUCUUUAAAUCUGAUCUGUUGUGUUGCAAGUUUUUAAGGCACCGACCGCUGACAUACCUUACACAUCGGCUUAAUUACUCAACAUCACUUUGGAGAUACCUGAACCACCGCCGCACAACCGACGUUGAACAACUUCUCAACAAUAACAUCUUCGGAGGACGACUCAAAGUCACGGCUGACAUCUAUUUUGCUGUCCUCAGCUCUGCGUUUAGCUCCACGAUCAUUGAUCACGAUAUUAUAAUCACCCGGUCCAAGACUCAAAUCUUUAACAUAAAUCCUCCGUUUAAUGGAGUUAAGUGCAUUUCAGAGCACAUGAAGGCACAGAAAAUAUCAAAAAUCAAAUAAAAAUUAAAUUAUUAUUAAAUUAAAUAUUUACUUUUUUUCGACCAGCUGUUCACGACCCAUCCAGAAUGUGUCCACGACCCACUUUUGGGUCGGGACCCACCAGUUGAGAACCACCAAACUUGUCCUUGCUCCAGAUCUUUAACAUCACUACUGUCUUGUGUUUUUCUUCAGGGGGCGGGACAUAAAGAAGCAGCACGAACAGCGAGUGUACGAGCGUGAGAUGCAGAGGAUCACCUUACCUUUGUCUGCGUUCUCCAACCCCACCUGCGAGCUGGUGGAUGAAAACACCAUCGUCAUCACGGCGGAGCACGAGGUGACCCCCGCCCAGGAGAGCGUGGAUGGCGGGGACCCCCUCAUGGGUCAACAAGCUGGAACCCCAGGAGCGUGAGCAGACAGGAUGUCCUCCAACUGGACUGUGAGAACAUUACUUUGUGGACCAAAACACUCCGAUCUACGUUUCUCCGCUCUGUUUUUGAAGGAGUGGAGGGAACAGUGUUGACUCCAAAGACUUGAACUGAGUGCUGUGUUAGUCGUGUCUCCAUUUCUUUUCCUUUACAGCAAAGACGCAAAGAAGAUAAGCUAACACAACUGUCUCGAUUAAAGACCUCUGAGGUAAUUACGAGGUCUUUAAGAUUUACAUUUUGAUCACCAAGAGGACAGAAUCAAACGGAGGUGUGUGUGUCUUCAUCUCGAGAUGGAGUUUCAGAAAAAGGGACACAGCUGAUAACUCUUUUGUUGAUUAGUGUGAUCAUGUGGAGAAGCGCCCCCUACAGGAGGUGUCAGUUACAUUGUUAUCAUUAGUUUGAGAUAUUUUUUUGUGUAUUGACCCGCUGGCUGUGCCGAGGAAGACGCUGAGAAAACGUAUCCAAAAAUAGUCACCUCCUCUGAACCGGGAAAAAAAGGAACAUGAGGUAAAAAAGGCCCACUGAGGAAAAGAGAAACUGCCUUAGCAUGAUACUUCUGAAUGUAUUUGUGUCUCUUUACGAUCUUUCUCUUUGUACUCAACUUAAGGGCCAAUGCGGAUGCAGAGCAUGACUGAUAUCUUUGGUAAUCGACGUCAAAGAGGACUUGCCCUUUUCUUCCACAGGUUAAGGAGUGACAGGAAAUUUAACAAGAGUGCUCUCAGGAAGCUUGAGAGACAGUAGUUAGUCUUCAGGAUUAAAAACAAAAAAAGCACUGCCACAACACAAAGCAGACAGGACGGCGGCUGAUGUCCUGUCUUUUUGCGGUGCAGCACUGUGAGUGAGCGAGUGAUGAAACCUGGUGUCUAAUAGAUUAGAGUCAAACCGUUGAGAUAUGCACUUGAUGCUUCAGGAAUGGAGUAGAAUAGAAACAGUCCAAAGUUUGGUGAUCAUCCAGAAAACAAUCACAAAAAAAAGACAUAAAUGCAUGUACAUGGUUACCUGCUGUAUGUUUGAAUUCAGGGGCCAAUUUUUGUAAAACUACUGAUCGAUGACAUUUUAAGAAAACCUGCCUGAAAACAGAAACCGUCACACACGUCAGAGUUUGUUUCAUUUUACACGUGAUGCACCUUUACUUCACUGUGUGUUUGUUUCUCACUUCAGAUGAUCCCGUUUGUUUGUUUGUUUGUAGUUGGAUCAAAAAUCACUGUUCACCUUUGGUUCUCGCUGAGCAUCUGCGCGCUGGUUGUGAACAUUAGUUUCUCCACAUAAGCAACGUGUUCUUAAAGUGUAUAUUGUUAAGCAUUUGAAUAAAGUGUGUGUAUUUGUAUGAAUGCAGAUUUUCACUGCUGGGACUGAAAUAAAAAUCUUCAAACACAA